AUGACCUGCGAGGCUAUUGUCAAAUCGCUGAGAAAUGACCAGCUACCGAUAAAUGAGCGUCUAGCGUCUGUCAAAGCAGCUCGCAUACCACGCAAAAAUGAUCUACUCGUCAAUUUUCUGCUCAGAGAAGUACGCUCUGUCAAAGCUGAUACUGCCAGAGCAGUUUGGGGAACGCUAGAGCAGACAGUGUCUUCCAUUCUACCAGAGAAACUUGCUCCUUUAGUCAGAAAGUCUCAGCUUAUUGCUGGCCUUGACCAGUCUCUGCAGGUCGGCCAGGCAACUGACUUGCCAGCCAUUGAACGGGCGGCUCAAUCUGUGCUAGCUCAGCUCACUUUACAUCGGUCGUUGUCAAAGUGCCUGAGCUGUUCUAUCGAGACGUCACUGUCAGUCAUCAAAACUUUGAUGACCAUCCAUGCAAUAGAUAUUUCCAGUCUACGCAAAGAGUGGAUUGCUUUACUCGACACGCUUGUAGACUUUGCCCUGUUCAACGCUCAGUAUCGACACACUUCUAAGAAGCUGACAGAAGAAAUCAUUCGGUCUUGCUUGCCCCUCCUCUCAAGCGCAGUGGCAAGUCACAAUGGGCGCCCGUCGCUCACGCGUCUUCUACAGCAGACUCUUUGGUCUGAGGCGAGUCUGUCUGACUUUGCCACGAAACCGGACUCUCUCGGCAAAGCACUCGGUAGUGUCUCGAGACCUUCAAUUGAUUUUGCGCAGAUUGCUUUCGAGGCGAUAGCCAAUGCUUCACUAGCAACAUCGAAGCAUGUUCUCCUCGCAAACCUACUCCUUAAAGAGCUUCUUCCAAAAGUUGCUCUCGUAGAACAAGUCGUCAUGCUCAAGUUCUAUUACGACAACCUGCCACGACCUAUUCAAGCCAAGAUUAUUGUAUCAGACAAGGAGACUUUUCCUGUUGUCAAGCAAGUCCUGCAGGCUGCUCUUGACAAGCCAAGCGCAGAAACGUACGAGCUCCUUACUAAACUCAUCGAAGUCGAUCUCGACAUACUGAUUCCCGUCAUGGAUCAAAUUUGGACCCUGCUUUCUACUUUAUCAACAAGCAGCAUUGAGAUUGAGCAUGCCCUUUUCCGCAUGUUCAAACAGAUACGAGCUCUGGACGAAUUUUUGCUUCCUUAUGCAAAGCUGUCACCCUCUGCAGAGGUUAACAUGAGCCUACUCGAGGAAAUUUCUACCGAUGUCAGCACAAUGACAGAACCCGUUCAAAGGGAGCUGCUACAGAGUCUGCUGACUGCUGACACAGGUCUAGACUCUAGACGGCUUGAGCUUGUGGCGGCAAUGGUUGCUGGUAUGCCCAAGGGAUCACCUGUUUUGCAAGAAGCGUAUGACAGUAUACUCAAGCAGAAGGGCCAUGCAGCAAGUCUAUUACAUUUCGUCUUGGCAACAAAGCAAAGCACACCGGAGACUAUUCAGCCAUUUUCUUCCAUGGAUGAGUUUGAAACACAACGGCAUCUUCGAAAUCUCGAACUCGGAUGGAUGUAUAGUGACAUGGAUUUGCGCUUAGUAUGUGGAGCCUGUCUUGAUUCAACCAGCGAGCCGUUCCUCAUCUCCCUUGUCGAUCGAUGGCUGCCAACAAUUACGCCACUGAUGACCGUAUCAGAGUUAAGCAAAUUGGCCCAGCUCAUCUUGGACGCCAAUUUACACACGCACAUGAAUGUCCUCGAAUCCAAUGAACUCCUAUCAGCUAUGCAAGAGCUACUCCUGGCAUCUGUCGACAAUACGAGCAAGCUUCAUUCGCUGUUGUCUGUUCCCGUUGACUACUUUCACAAGGCAGUUCGGAACAAAAUCGUCCAGGCUAUUGCCAUGCAUGCCUCACCUACUUCGGAUCAUCUUGCCAUACUCGCGAAAUUUGCUCGCCAUGAUAUUUUCGCCAAGCUUGAUAUCGAUCAGUUCGUGUCGUUCGCUGACGGAGUGGGAAAUUCUAUACUGGAGGCAUACGUGGAGCAUUCACAGCCUGAGUUCUUGUUCGAUGUCAUGAAAAGUCAAUCUGCAAAGAACAAUGUUCACUUGAUGGUUGCCAUGCUCGACCGCUGCGCGAGUUUGAACGGUACCAAAGUGGCAACCCCGCUCAUGGACAUCAGAUGUGAUCUGAUUCGGCAAGCUUUGCAAUCGAUUGAUCGUACGCAAGAAGAUUUGCUGCAAAUAAGCUCACUCGACAAGCACAGGGUAUUCACUCCAGGUAUGGCAGCGUUGGCGACAGCCUUCUUCUUCGAAAAGACUGGCGACAGUUUACAAGAAGCACUCUUUGCUGAAAUCCAACGAGGAGUGAAUCCGCAGUCUACCUUGCGCUUGCUUGCUGCUCUAGCCACUACACAAGAGGCGGCUAUCACAGUUGCGCUUCGACCUGAGGCAUUCCCAGGGACAAGAACGAGCGAGAUGUUGGCGGAAACGGUACCUAAUGAUCACCUGAUUUUCCUGGAUGCGGUCUAUCCUCUUUUGCAGCCAAGCAGCUACUUAGUUCUGCUACAAGCGUUCGUUGAGAGAAGGUCUGAGCUAUCUUCGAAUUUUCUGCAGCAAAGUUGCAAUCAGAUUUGCAAGGAUUUACUUGACUCAACGCCAGACUUGGCGCAACGCAGACUGCGUCUCCUGCACACUAUCAUUGACAAACAUCCACGGGCUAUUCGUCUCGCUGAGCUUGACACGGUGUUUGCCUUGCUGCCCAAGCUCCUGACGAUGAAAGUCAAUGAUGAUACUGCUGAUAUCUACAUGCAGCUGCUUGCGUUGUUGCGUAUCAUCUUCGAGCGCCGAGCACAUCUGCUACGAGACCGUCACCACAUUAUACUGCAAUCCUUUGCCAUGUUGCUCAGCGCUCAUUUCAAGCUGGCUGCAACGGAUUUAUCAUCAACGAAAGCAACGCUGGAACGUACAGAAGCCUUUGAUAGGCUGUUUCACACCUUUUUGUCGUCCUCACGUCAAGUCUCCUCGUCACCAGAGCAAUUCAACAAGGCACUUGCAAAGCAUCUGCCUUGGCUACUGAUUGAGUACAUCCACUUGUUCUCAAAGGUAAGCUUGGCUGCUGGUAUACCAGCAGACUGUCGCCGCAUCCUCGAAGAGAGCUUUGCGUUUGAGGUAAUGGGCUUAUGUGGUCCGCAUGAACGAGAAAUGGUCGGUGCUGCGUUGGACAGUAGCCGGCGUGUCCACUUCAAGAGACUUUUUGAGGACUGGUCCAAGUUUGGCAAGUGGAAUGAGACAUGA